AGCGCCGGUGGCAGUGGCGAUCGAUUAGUUCCUUCGAUCUUCUCUAUUUUUUUAGCAGGGUUUCUCCUUCCAGGGCAUUGACAAGCGAAGCAUUGAUCAGUGUUGCAGUGGGAUCCAGGGCGUGGCACACAGCGCUUCUUCCACUUCUUUCUUUUCUCUUCUUUACUCUCCCGGCAAGGGUUGCUUUCUUCGAGGCGCUGGGCUUGCAUUUGACAGUUCCGUGACAGGAAUCCCUGGAAAGCUCCCAUUUCUCGCGGCAAUGAGGAAGGUGAAGUGAAAUAUCGGGAGCAUUGCUGGGAUCUUCAGUGAUUUCGCAUGGCUUGGCGAUCUAGCUAGCGAUAUUUCGGGGAGCGAUGGAGGAAUCGGGGGAAUUUCGCAUGGAUGUGAGCAGGGAAGUUGCGAGCACUAGCGGCAGGCGAUCCAAUUCGCUCCAUUUGCAGCUCGGCGAUGUGUUGCAUAGCGGCAGCAGCAGCAGCAGUAGCCAGAUCGUGCUCGAGGUCACGCUUGACGUUCACAGGGAUUCGAUCUCGCUCAAGAGCGUCGCCCCGGCUGGAAAUCCCGAAAAUAUUCUCCGCUUGCAUUCGUGGGAUAAAAUGUUGCAUCAUGGCAAAUCGGAGAUGGAGCUCAAGAAGGUGGGGCGCAAUGGGAGCUCCGCGCGGAUCUUGCCGCUGAAUUUCUCCCCGGAUGGCGAGGGCGGCCAGCUCUCGAGAUCGAUGUCCGGCACGGAGUAUGCGAUCGAGGGCUUGCGCUUCAUCGAGAAGACAAUUGCCAGCAAGAACGCAAAGUCUCAGUGGGAGGCUGUGGAGCUUAGAUUUCACAAGCUCGCCAACGAGGAGUGUCGGCUUUCACGCUCGGACUUUGGGGAAUGCAUUGGAAUGAGCGAUUCCAAGGAAUUUGCGGAGUUGCUGUUUGAUGCUCUAGCCCGGCGGAAAGGCCAUGACGAGCUGUGGACCGCUUCGAAGGAAGAACUCCGGGACUUUUGGCUUCAAAUCACAGACAAGAGAUUUAGCUCUCGAUUGCAAACAUUUUUUGACUUGUGUGACACGGAUCUGGACGGUCGCAUAUCAGAAAACGAAGUGAAAGAGAUAAUUCUACUCAGUGCGUCGGCGAACAAGCUCUCGUUUCUGCAAGAGCAAGCUGAAGAAUACGCAGCUCUCAUCAUGGGAGAACUCGAUCAGAAUAAACAAGGAUACAUUGAGGUGAAACAACUUGAACGGUUGAUGCGAGAGCCGAUCGCACUCGCUGAGGAUCCGUCCUAUGGGUACGCGUGUGCUCCAACUUUACACUCUCGAAGAAGAAACCGAUUGCAUUUACUCCAGAGAACGAUCAAGUACUUCGCUCUGGACAACUGGCAGCGGAUAUGGGUGCUGUGCGUGUGGUUUCUCGCCAUGACCGGUCUUUUCACCUGGAAGUUCAUAGAGUACAAGAACAGAGCCGCUUUUAAGAUCAUGGGAUACUGUGUGUGCACGGCCAAGGGCGCUGCGGAGACUUUGAAACUCAACAUGGCAUUGGUCCUGCUGCCAGUUUGCAGGAUCACAAUCACGUCCUUACGCUCCACUGUUUUCGGAUCCAUACUACCUUUCAACGACAACAUCAACUUUCACAAGCUUAUUGCUGCAGCGAUUUUGUUCGGCGUUUUGCUUCACGGAGGAACUCAUAUUGCUUGUGACUUCCCCAAGAUGGCCAACGCAAACAGUCGUAUAUUUCUUGAUACUAUUGGGCAUGGUUUCCACGGCCGGCAACCAUCUUUCCUUGGCAUAUUGGCUUCGAUUGAGGGGAUUACGGGGAUUAUCAUGGUGGUCCUGAUGUCAAUAGCUUUUCUUCUUGCAACGCACUGGUCCCGCAAGAACAUCGUCAGGCUCCCUUGGCCCCUCCACAGGUUAACAGGAUUCAACGCAUUUUGGUACUCGCAUCAUCUUUUUAUUUUGGUCUACGCCUUGCUGAUCAUACACUCGGUGUUUCUCUUCCUGACCCCAGACUGGCUGCAAAAGACGACGUGGAUAUAUCUAUCCUGUCCAUUGCUGCUGUACGUUGGCGAGAGGUUCCUGCGCGUUUUAAGAUCGAGGCAGCAUCGAGUCAACAUAGUAAAGGCAGCAAUUCAUCCUGGCAACGUUCUUGCCUUGGACAUGACGAAACCUCCAGGCUUCAAGUAUCGGAGUGGCAUGUACAUGUUUCUGCAGUGUCCAGCGAUCUCGCCAUUCGAGUGGCAUCCCUUCUCGAUCACGUCUGCGCCCGACGACGAGUUUUUAAAUGUGCACAUACGGACAGUGGGGGACUGGACCAAGGAAAUGAGGAAAAUGUUUGCAAAGGCAGUUGACACUAGCUCUUCCAUCGACGAUUCACGGUUUCCAAAGCUCUACAUUGAUGGACCUUAUGGCGCUCCUGCUCAGGACUACCGGAAGUAUGACGUGAUGCUCCUCGUUGGCUUGGGAAUCGGAGCUACACCUUUUAUCAGCAUCUUAAAGGACAUGCUCAACAACAUCAAAUCCACGGAGCAACAGUCGGACAUAGACUUUAGCAAGCCGUUUGAUAGCCCGAGAAGAAAGAGCCGCAAGUCUCGUGGCCCAACAAACGCCUACUUCUACUGGGUCACCAGAGAGCAAGGCUCGUUCGAGUGGUUCAAAGGCGUCAUGAAUGAGGUGGCCGAAAUAGAUCACAAGGCAGUAAUUGAGAUGCACAACUACCUCACAAGCGUGUACGAGGAAGGUGACGCGCGCUCGGCUCUCAUUGCAAUGGUACAAGCUCUACACCACACCAAAAACGGCGUGGAUAUCGUCUCGGGCACCCGGGCACGCACUCACUUCGCAAGGCCAAACUGGGACAAGGUGUUUGCACGUCUCACUGCUACACACGACAAUUCAAGGAUAGGAGUGUUCUACUGCGGGCCUUCGCAAGUCGCCAAAGAGUUAGAUGUGCUGUCCCGGAAGUAUUCCCAAGAGUCCAACACCAAAUUUAUAUUCCAUAAGGAGAACUUUUAGGCCGCGCGAAAAGAGCAGUGGAAAAAGAGGAAGAACCUCUCUUUCUCUUAGCUGCAACAGUGGGAGCCUUUUAUGCAAGAGCACGACGCUCUACCUCAUCCCAGUAGACGUUUGGUGGCCAUUGUCAGCGGGCCUGGACCACGUCACCACUGGAUAUAUUAUGUAUAGCUAUCGCAACACGAAAAUAAAUUACAAAUCCACAUUGUACCUGCCA